AUGCAGUGUUUAAACACUUUGCGGGCAAGUGCCUUCAGGUUAUCCACACCGCGUGUGGGAACUGCCCUGCCUCAGAUUAACGCCAUCACUAAGAGAUUGAAGAGGAGAUCUCCUUGUGAUCGUUGUUAUAUUAUAAAGGACCGCAAACCGUGUUUCGAUAUUCGCAAUUUAACUUUAGAGCGUGCAAGGGACUGCAAUGCCAAGUUGAUCCGUUCGUUCCUUUACACGCACUACUGGCCUCGCGAGCCAACCGUCACUAGCCUGUGGAUGUCCCUCGACAGUCCCCUCCUGGAUGUACAGACGGAUCAAUAUUCGAGUUCUGGUGAUCGUAUUUUGGCAUAUGAGCGCUUAGAGAGAACAGGGGAACGCAAAUUGGUUGGUCUGGCAGUGGCCAAUAAAAUCUACCCGUGGAUGAUAGGAGAGCUGGACGAGUGGGCGCACUGCACCACCUCCCUACCUGACAAGUACAAAAUAUACUUCACAGCACAUUGCCUCAAAGGCCCCAAUCUGUUUAAGAAGUACAACGUUGACUAUAUCUAUGAGGUUGAAGUACUGUGCACAGCAGCGGAAGUAACGGGUCAGGGUGUUGGUAAACUUCUUCUAAAUAGUAUGUUGGACUAUGCGAAGGAAAUGCGACAUCCACUCGUACAAGUUGUGGCAGUUAGCCAUUACACUUCGAAAAUUUGUGAAAAAUGUGGUAUGAAGCCAGAGUGGACCAUGAACUACGAAGAUUUCACGGAUGAAUGUGGCCACCGGAUUUUCUUCCCCAGAAAACCUCAUUAUAGUGUCGUGGUUCAUGUCAAAUAUUUUGAUCCACGUAAAGGUGGAGUCCUGCCAUGUAAACCUCCCUUCUAA